AUGAAUUUCAAAUUGGUCUUGAUUGCUUGUUUGUUGUUCGUCGCCACGGCUUAUGCCGCGGAAAACGAUGAAAUCCCAGAGGAGAUUGAAAAAGAAUUAGCGGAUAUUGAGCAUCCCAUUGAAGAUCGCGAAGAUGAAGAAAACGAAAUCCUAGCAAAAGAAGCUGAACUUGAAAAUCUGAAAGAAGAUGAAAUGAAAGAAAACGCAGUCAAAGCAGCGUGGUGGAGAAGACGUCGACGCCGUAGACGAAGAAUUUUCCUUACCCGACGUUCGUGGUGGAACCAGCGUGUUCCAGGAUAUUACGGCCGUUAA